ACUGCAGACGGACGUGCAUAUCGUGUACACGUACUGUGGACCACAAGUCAAACGGUCAACUGAUAGAAUCUUCACUUCGACAGACAGAUAAAUAUUAGUAGAACACCCUCGGGCAAUUGUCAUCUUCAGCCAUUCUUAAGAAAUACCGGAAACUCAAAAUUAGAAAAAGCCAUCUUUUACAUUUCCUAUUGCCAUAACGAGACGUUCUCUUGCCAAAAAUAAUUUGAAUGGCGUUUGAAAAAAUGGACUUUGUUUGUGUCAUUGCUGUGAUCUGUUUGUUUGGGGUCGUUGAUGGCUUCAGCUUUGGUGCCCCAGAGGAUUUCUGUCAAUAUGAGAAUCUCCAGGACCGGAACGUCAGAAUGGUACCCGGACACAGAGGGGUGGAUCCCAUGAACACCCGGAGUCCAGCCGGAUACCGGAUCGUUGUGGGACCGGAAGAAGCCAAUGGUGCCAGAAAAGGACUGGUGCUUUUCUCUGUGACCGUUUCUGUUUAUUCGUUUAUCAUUGGAGCCCCGCCGGACACCUGUGGAAAUCCGACCACUUUCCAUACGGAACCGCUUAAUGAAACUCACGUUGGACAAUAUUUGGCUCAGAAUUCCUCCACGGCGCCCUAUAAAGUGAUAAUUGACACGAAAUUCUAUGAAAAUGAAACGUAUAGUAAAGUUCUGGGAAAACCACACAAUCGAGUCAGAGUGACAUUAAGGGCAGACCCCGGCGAUUAUUUCCGCGGUUUCUUCAUCCAGGCUACACGAGCAAACUAUGCCUUGGACCGUGGAGACAGACCCGCCUAUGGAACUUUCCGUCCGGCCGAUACCAACUCACAGCCUCGUAGAUGUCGCUCUGCAGUAGGCAAAGUAGGAGGCAUAACUCACACCGGAAAUAACAACAAAACAGAGAUCUCGUUCGACUGGGAACCACCAAGGGGAUGCAAUCUGGGUGACAUUCAGUUUGUUGCUACCGUGGUGAGAGCUUACAGUGAAUACUGGGUUGACGUUAGAUCUGACGUCAUCGCACCAUCCGGCUUUGUUGGUGACCGAGGACUACUAUGCCAACUUUACGUUAAUCCAUACAGCAAAAUUUUGCAAAGGCGUGUGCUCAGUGCUCUAAGAAACAUUCAAACCAUGCAGCAGAGUCGACGUACCGGGGGGACCGCCGGUACACUCUCUACCCAGGGCUGAACUGAACAUUCUCCGUCACCAACUGUUAACCAAAUGAAUCGACGCUGAAAACUGACGUUGUAGCAUCUCAUUUAUGAUUUUUUUUUAAAGAAAGAUUUCUGAUGAAUUUUUAUGGGGCGUUGAACUCGAUUCGUUUGCUGUAUUACACAUAUGAUAAGUGGGGUAAUAAAUAUUCAGAAAGUAUUUCAGUUCCUAGCAUUUCUCAUUUCGUUUUUUUUUUUUGAUAUGGAGAAGUGAAUCUACCUCUUGAAAUAUUUCCACAGUAACCUUCUGUGUGUGAUGUUUAUUUCCCAUGCUGUUGGCUCAUUAUGAGCGGAUUCAUCUAGAGUUUUGUAGCUCUUUUUUCUUCUUACCAACAACUUUGUAAUAUACGCUUUAUUUUUUCCUUUUCCCAACUUUCUUUUCUUUCCAUGUGAUUUGGUUUUGUAUCGUGUGCGUGUGUAAAUAUUUUCAAAUAAAAACAUGUCGUAGAA